CCACGCCCCAUGUGACGUUCUCGGCACGCAUUAUUUUUUAUAUAUAUAUAUUUUUUUUUUUACCCUGUCGCGAUUUGUUAAUCGCACCGCGUGCUCGGUUUGUUUUGUCAAGUCGGUAUUUUUUGCUAGCAUUUGGUAUUUGAAAGGCUUGACUCGAUGGCGUCCAAGUGGCACGCUAACAACGCAGAGCCAUCAACCCUGUACAUUUAGUCGGAUGCAUCACAGUCGCUUCGGUGCGGCUGACUCAAUUGGUACCUGACUGGAGGAUUGGGGGGGAAAUAACCCAAAAAGCUGUUGAGCUCACUCAGCAGAUACUUUUGAGUGGCCCGGUGGAGCUAUGAAGCUGGAGACGAGGAAAAGCUGCGUGGCCCCGGUCCACUCGGCCAGCAAGUGCACGCAGGAGGCGGUAAACAACGGCAUGGGCGACCCCGGCUGCACCGAUCAGAGUACAACGCUUAAAGCCAGAGUCACCAAGCAGAGCUCCAGGGAGAGCCUCCAACGGAAAAACACCGAGUGUGAAGUGUACGACGACGGGACCAACACGUUUUUCUGGCGGGCCCACACCGUCACCGUUUUGUUCAUCCUGACGUGCGCUCUGGUAUAUGUCACGCUGCUGGAGGAGACACCGCAGGACACGGCCUUCAACACAAAGAGAGGUAUUGUGGCCAGCAUCCUGGUGUUCCUUUGUUUUGGGGUCACGCAAGCAAAAGAUGGACCCUUCACUCGACCACAUCCAGCGUAUUGGCGCUUCUGGCUCUGCGUGACGGUCGUCUAUGAACUCUUCCUCAUCUUCAUCCUCUUUCAGACUGUGCACGACGGGCGGCAGUUCAUGAAGUACAUCGACCCCAAACUGGGGGUGCCCCUCCCCGAAAGAGACUACGGCGGAAACUGCCUCAUCUACGAUCCCGGCAACACCACUGAUCCCUUCCACAACGUUUGGGACAAGAUGGAUGGCUUUGUUCCAGCUCACUUCCUGGGUUGGUAUAUAAAGACGCUGAUGAUUCGGGACUGGUGGAUGUGUAUGAUCAUCAGCGUCAUGUUUGAGUUCCUGGAGUACAGCCUGGAGCACCAGCUGCCCAACUUUUCCGAAUGCUGGUGGGACCACUGGAUCAUGGACGUGUUGGUCUGCAACGGUCUGGGCAUCUACUGCGGCAUGAAGACGCUGGCGUGGCUGUCCAUGAAGCCGUACCAGUGGCAGGGCCUGUGGCACAUUCCCACUUACAAGGGCAAGAUAAAGCGCAUCGCCUUCCAGUUCACGCCGUACAGCUGGGUGAAGUUUGAGUGGAAGCCCGCAUCCAACCUUCGCCGCUGGCUCGCCGUGUUGGGCAUCAUAUUUAUGUUCCUGCUGGCCGAGAUGAACACCUUCUACCUGAAGUUUGUGCUGUGGAUGCCGCCGGAACAUUACUUGGUGCUGCUGCGGCUGGUGUUUUUUGUCAACGUGGGGGGCGUGGCCAUGAGGGAGAUCUACGACUUCAUGGACGACCCGAAGUUCCACAAGAAACUCGGCCAGCAGGCGUGGCUGGUGGCGGCCAUCACGGUCACCGAGUUCCUCAUCGUGCUCAAGUACGACCCCAACACCAUCAUGCUGCCCAUCCCCUUCUUCAUCACGCAGUGCUGGUUACUGGGCCUCCUCGUCAUCCUCAUUUGGACUCUGUGGCGCUUUUUCAUCCGUGACAUCACGCUCCGCUACAAGGAGACGCGGCGCCGCAAGCAGGAGGACCCCGCCGACCGCGAGCGACCCCUGGGCAACGGCGCCACUUCGGGCCGCAGCAAACUCAACGGCAGCUCCGACGUCCUGCGCCACAGGAAGUCCUGAGCGAAGACGAAACCAACUGCGACGCCAAGACUGACGCGGCCGCCGUGGGCCACUGGUGGUGGCGUGCUGGCCAUUUCCAUCGGAGGCUCAGGUUUUGGUUUUUGGUUUUUUUUUUUUGUCUUUUAAGCCCAUUCCCGAGUCAUACGUGGAGCUUUUCAUUAUUUAUACGCAACAUUUUGGGACGUUGGCUUGACAAAGAUGGACGGAAAACAGACCGUGUCCCACAAUGCAUCACUCCGGAUCACAGCGCUACAAACUGUGCUAAAAGCUAGCAAUGGAACUAAACGGGCCACCAGGAACGCCCACCGGGGUGGAACAACAUGUUUGUCCGUCAUCCUCGGAAGCAGUUUCCCAACAUUUUUGGAGCCAAGGCACAAAACGGUCAAUUGUUCUCUAACAAGGAGCUGAAUGAAGAGACUGAAAGAGUCACAGAAAUGCAGAAAUUACCCCAAAAAUAGAGCACGUUGGAUAAGAAUUUUGCUUUUCAGCUCCUUGUUAGAGCGAAUUACGCAGAAAGUCAGGAAACGUUGGACUUGUUCAUUCAAAAGGUCAAAAUAAGCUUACCUGUUUAAAAAAAAAAAAACCACCUUUUUGUGUGCCGUAAUUCCCGGCCUACAAGCCGCAACUUUUUUCACAGCCGCGGUGCUGGUUUGCGUUAGCGCCGCUGCGCUAGCGUUAGCACCGCCGUGUUAGCGCCGCCGCGUUAGCAACCCCCAUGCUAUUGUUAACACCGCCGUGUUAGCGUUUAGGACACCACGUUAGCACCACCGCGCUUGCGUUAGCGCAGCCGCCCUAGCGUUAGCACCAUCGCGUUAGCGUUUAGCGUCACCGCGUUAGCGUUAAACUCUGUGUACCGAGGCUUGUCACCAAGUGCGUUCUGUAGGCCGGGAAUUUCGGUAUUUGAGUCACGGGAGCGGUCUGAAUCAAUUUUUGCCUUUUUGUGUUUUUUUUUUUUUUUUUUUUAACUUAAAUGAAGAAAUAAAUGAGAAAUGACGUCUUUCAGAGGAAUACCGGUGGAAUCUCAGCUUCGUUCCACUUUUUGACAUGUAAGCAUUGUGUUAUUGCGCUCAUCGCUCCCCCACACGGGUGUCAUUGCAUCUCGAUGUUAGGAGGAAUCUUAUUUCAUGUCUCGUGAAAUCUUGAUGGAUUGGGUGGAUGCUUGUAGUUGGACCGCCGUUACGCUUACAUCACACCCACUGGGUGGCGUCCACAAAACUUUCGUUCUCAGUGGUUUGUUUUGCAUCCGGAGGGGAAUCUUUUGACCGGAGUUGGCCCACUGUCGUCCUCAGCGGUCUGAAGUUAGGUCAGAAAAAUCUUGUGGCGGGAGUUGGCCCAUUGUAACUCCUCGGAGGGUUCACAGUACACGAUGAAAAAAUCUGCUGACUCUCAUUUGCCCACUUUAGUUGUCAGUGUCUCCGUUUCCCUCGAAAAAAAAUCUCGAUACGAGUUAGCGCAGCGUAGUUCUUAAUUGCUCCUUUUUUAAUGAAUAGACCCAAAGCGGGAGUGAGGCCACCCUUUCAGCGGUAUAAAGAAAGUAACACUCCCAACUUGCUUCACAACGCUCAAAAGUCCUUAAGUCGCAUUUCAGGUUCUUCAUUUUAAAAGCUCGUUAGGCUGGACUACAAUAAGAAAAAGUUUAUCUAAAAAAAAAAAAAAAAAACAAAACAGAAUAAAUGAUGAUGCCAUUGUCGGAAAUAACUACUGAUAUUAAACAUGUAAGGCUACUUUGUAUUGUAUAUUUUAGGACCAAUAUAAAUCUCCGGCACGAGAUUGUACAGUGUUAAUUAUGUGUCAUUGUGACAAUCAGUUGUGGAAUCUUGCUUGAAACUUAAAAUUUCCAAAAAAAACAUUUUUAUUUUUAUUAUUAUUAUUUAAGUCAGGGUUGGUGAACGUUUUCUAUCAGGGACUGUUUCAACUUUCUAAAGGUUCUCCGAGCGCUAUGCUAAGUCGAUAAAGAUAUGGAAAUGCUCGUUAUUAUACAUUAGGAGCAUUUUGGGGGACUUUUUUUUUUUUUUUUUUUUUUUGCUUUUGUGACGGUUGUCCUGAGGUUUUUUUCUCUGUUCGGGUUUAAUGUUGGGCAGGGUGGAAUGUAUGGAAUGUACCACUUUAGCGGUCCGAAGGGAUCGCUAAGGUGGCGUCCUGUUACUUGAACGAACAAUUCAUGUCCGCUCCGUUCGAAUGACCAAAAGCUUCAUCUUUUUUUUUUUUUUUUUUUUUUUGUUUGCCGAAGCCAUAAAACGCACGUAGACUUAUAAACACCAAAUCAUUUUUUGCACCUUAUUUAACUCAUUUUUUUAAAUUUUUGGUUUACAUUCCAUAGUCUUAAGUCACGGUUGUUGUUUUUGUUUUGUUUUUUUUCCACAGUCACUUGCAAUAUUUUGUACUUUCUGUUGAGUUGUCAGUUUGGAUUUAUUUAAGCCAUAAAACAGGGAUGAGAAUAACCAAUUUGGGAAAAACACUGAAAAUGUCUGCCUUUUUUUUUUUUUUUUAAAUUGAUUAUAAAAAUCACUGUUCAACGGUGACCUCUGGUUACUUCUCACAGUGUAAAUCGAGGGUGUCAAACUCAUUUUUGUUCCGGUUUCCCCUACAGAGGGUCGUUAUGACUUUGAAACAAAGAUAUUUAGUCGCCUCAUCAAAUUUACAUCAUCAAUUUGUGAGCUAGUUUUGGAAUCAGAAAUCAAGAGUAAUGUGCUUUUUCAACUACACAGGUUUGGUCACACGAGAAUAUUUGUAAUAUCUCAACUUUAUCAUUUAUGAUGUAUGACAAUUUGAUAUCUUUACAAGAAUCAUGGAGAUUAACGCUCUAGAUUUGGCUUGGCGGGCCUUGAGUUUGACACCUGUGGUGUAAAUACAAGGCAAUCAUAACGUUUUGAAAACUUCAAAUAUGAGUCUAAACAAACAAAAUACUGAGUGAAAUUUGUAUCAAAUAGUUUACUGCACUUACAAAGUUAUACUUAAGAAACAACCCCCCACCCACCCCAAAAGAAUUCCCAGAUCUACACGUUUCACAAAAAUGACAUUUUCUGAUGAAAAAAAAAAAACUCGGAAUUCUGUGAAUCCGGGGAAAAUUCUCAUCCCUGAUAUAAGUGAUAUAUAUAUAUAUAUGAGAGAAACCCAAACAAGUUUCACACGUUAAAAUCAAUUUCUGGUUUUCGUUUACCUCCAUUUGUAUUCUGGUCAAAGGUUGCAAAUAACCUAAGAGAUGCUGCUGUACCAUCAAAUAGUUUUUCUAUUUAAAACAAAUAAAUAAAACAAAUGCACCACCUCAUAGUCGGACAAUUAUUUUAUUUUGUAUAUCAUUCUUUAAAAAAAAUGAAAAUACACCAUGUCAUAGUUGGACAAGCUUUAUUUUGUGUCAAUAAAAGCAAUACCUUCAAAGAGGUUUCAUAAGUGCAACUUUUUUUGUGAUUAACCCACAUUGGAUUAGCAGUGAGAGCGCCAUCUUGUGGAAAUAUAUAUAAAAUGGAAAAAUUCAAAUAUCUUAAUUUUACAGUCCUAAUGUACAGUUAAAAAAUAUUUUCAUUUUUAAGAGUAGAAAAUGAACGAAUUAUAUUUUUAAAAUGUAUUCCAAUUAACCAUUUUGGGGUGGGAAUGAAGUACAAGAAAAAAAAUGUACAAGUCACUCGUCAUCCCACAAGGCAAUACAUUAGCAACUGUUGUAUUAUUUUCACUUUUUUUGUACAUUUUAUUAAUGGAGUUGUAAAAGCAUUUGGACAAUAAUAGUAGAAAUAAUGCAUAGGUUCCGAGUGCAUAGUUGAACUUUGACGACUGUAAAAAAAAAAUAAAAUAAAUUUGGAAAUACAGUGAAAGUCAUCAAAUCGAGCGUGUGCACAGAAAAAUUGUAACAAACGAAAGUCAAAAAGAUUCAUAAAAUUGCUUUUACAAAGCUGAUUUUGAGGUCACAGCUACGUAGACGAAGCCCUUUGGCGGAAGUGUGAUUAAAAAGACGUCGACGCUUUGGUGACAUCGGCGUAAUGGGAAAAAGGCACACUGGCAAUUGUUCUGGAAUACAGACCGGGAACAAAGAAAAUUAAAAAUAAAUACAAAAUAAUAAUUGAUGCCCGUUUGGUUUGCAUAAUGGAUAAAAGGUCAAUUAUGGCGUGGUCCAUGGUACCCUACCUUUCUUUUUAACAUAAAUGAUAUUUGCAAUACAAAAAUCUUAUUUUCAUUUCCAAAAAAAAAUAGCAAAGCCCAUUAUUUUCUUUCAUCAAAAUAAAUUCACCUCCAGGAAGUCAAGGACAGAAACUUUGGUUUCGAGGGCUCAGGCACAAAAAAAAAAAAAAAACCCCAAAAAGUCAAUUCGGUUUGAAAUCAGUCGUCUCGUUGAAAUUGAAAGAGUCCGCGUUAAAGCAAUUUGCGACG